AUGGAGCACGCUUGGCUAGACUCGCUGUCAGAGGACUGGGUUUCCCAGCCCAGAUCUGAUUCAUCAGCCAUUCAACUUCCCCCUCUAAAAGACACCGAAGCAUCGAAGACGAAACCAAGAGAGACACCGAGUCGAAUACCACGUAGAGCGUUAGGCUCACAACCUCAAUUGCCAGCUACCCACGAUUCAAGCUUCAAUAUCCUCAGCGAGCGAAACGCGAAUGAUAUCAACAUCUCGAGUCAGCGCAUCACUAGGCCAUCACCAGGCUCCAAGAUCGCACGCGGAACGUUCGCCAGUAGAUCUGUAUCCGGUUCCACCAGCGCUUCCGUCGUUCACAACACUAUACAGCACAAAUCAUCCCCUGGAAGACAGCAGGAUACACCUGAGUGGAAGAGACGUUUGGUGCACGGCGAUCUUGGAUACGGUGAGCAACGGGAUCUGUUCUGCUCAGCUGCAGCGGGCCUCCAAGAUAUGUUCAAGCCACCAGCAGCCUCAGGCGACGAUGCGUAUGACGAGGAGCAUCAGGGGUCUUCUAUAAUGCCGUCUAGUCCACCUUCUUACCCCCAGCGAAUUGCCAGCAACGACUUUGAGCCUGGCAUGGAACAAUUUGACGAAAUCGAUGAGCUUGAAGAGCUAGACCCAUUAUUCCCGAACGAUGUUACACCUAGCCCGAGCCCCAGGAGGACGAAAAGGGAGAUCAAAUACAAACUCAACGCGGAUGAUUCUAUAGCUCCGGGCGUCUCUAGCCCUCGAGAGGAGGAGACUCCUUCUAGACAACGCGAUGGGAUUUAUCGUGACGAAAGCUGCCUGAGCGGUCCUUCUGACGCGAAUGGCAGUGUUCGAAAGAUUAGCGGCCAGAGUGUCAUUCGCAAUGAAGAUUUUAGCCCAAUUCUUAUCGGGAAACAGAGCGACGUGGACGGUAACAUGGACUUUGCACUCAUUGAACUGCCUGCAGACAGGCUGAAGCAGAAACUGGAGGCUUUGCGCAUCAAUCAGACGUUGCUUGAUCCAGCCGUUGACCCACGAACAGCUUUUGACAGUUCCAACCAGGAUGCCUUCGCCAAUAUCGAGGAUACUGAAGAAUACGCGACCAGAGGAGGGUUUCUGAACGUUCAGCGCGGAGGUCGAUCUGGAGACGGCUCUUUUCGUUACCGCGAUCUUAGCCCCGGCUUCAAUGUUGACACGAGUGGAAUGCUUGCCGAGGAGUCCCUGCAGGCCAGCACUCCUAAGCAGUAUCCUUCCAUUCGAACAGAAGUUACCAACCCUUAUCAAUCCGACUACUUCAACAUUAGCCCUGCCCUGCCCCGGGCGCCGUUUCCCAGUCCCGACAAGAAGCAAAUUCAUGCUGGACGGAGUGCACCAUCCGCUGGAAGCCCCCUCAAGCUUUUUGGCCCUUAUGAUACCUUUACCAACCAAACGCUUCUUCGCCGCAUCAGCCAAUUCGAGGAAGGCAUGUCUGGUACUCCUUCCCGACAAUCUUUUGGAUCUCCAGAGCCGCAUGACCAGUCCAACUUUCCAGCCAACGAUCACUAUGAGGCUGCAUCUAGUCCUGCUUUGCCUGCGGCUGGUCACAAAGCUGCAGGUGGUAGAUCGUUCAGCCGAUUUGGCGCUGGAGACUUGGAGGGUUACGAAUUCAGCGAGGAAAUCUCAUAUAUCUCACAGGGAGAUGCAGUCUAUUCCGACAAAGAGAAUGAUGCACCUCAGUCACCAGAUCCUCAACCCGCUGAGGUGGUUCCCCAACAGACAGAACAAGUAAUAUCUCCCCAUAAGGAGUUGGAUCUGCUCGUUCGCAGACGCCGGAACAAGUCUACAUCAUCAUCCGGCAGCAGACAUCAUGGGACAAACUCAUUUUCAAGCCAGAUCCAUAAUAAAUCCUUGAACCCAGCAAAGGGUGCACCAGUCAAUGUCAACACUCCCAAGCGUGACAGCGGAUCAGAGGGUAAGAGACCUCGAACCUCUCCGUCCAAGGAUCCAACACCAAAGCGUCGCCGCACUCUCCACCGGUCCGAUAUUGCCUUUGGUCGUGAGAAUCUGCUGGAAGGUGUAGAAUCCGCAAGCCGUGAUAUGCAAUCAGUUAUGGGAAGGAAGCGAAAGGAUGCGCGACCUGGUGACAACCAACGGGCGAGCCCAAAUAUUCUUGCGAUGAGAACCAUUCUUCGGCCACGCAGCCCCACACCAUCAUCACUGCGUAGUGACCCAAAUGUAACGACAUACUCCGAGGGCGAAGUGACCCAAGAACCGUCAGAGAAGUCCCCUCUUCGAGCUCUACAACAAGAGGCUGCAGAUUAUACAACGGAUGACCAUAGCGAAGUCGACCGGAAGCCGUCUAUUAGAACUCAAGACUUUGUUCAUCAAGCUGCGCAAAUUAUGGCCAUGAUCCGCAACCAAGUUAGACCGCCAGGUCUAUCCAGCGUUGAAGAGUCAGAAGCCGAGAAUGGUACACCAGAAGCCGACGAUCUUGACGACUCUUACGAGGAGUCAACAAAGGAGCCUUUGUCUCGGCCACCAAGCCGUGAAGGAAAACCCAUGACUAGACUCCCCCAGCGUCAAGAAGACCCAGAUCUCAUCGAUCGGUUGAAGAAGUACCAGGAAAUCAGUGAUAUGGGUGACCUCAUCUCCUUAUCUAUGCGAUCCAUGGGUAUGGUGAGGGAGGCGAUUCUUGCAGAUCAGGAAAUCGCACGUGAGAUUAACGAAGCCCCACGCAAUCACCCAGAUCUGUCUUAUUAUACCGAAGACGAUGUCAUCAGCGAUCCGCCCAACAUUCGACUCACAACAGGCCCUGCGCACGAUGGGUCAUCAGCCAGCCCGACACGAGACAAUUAUUCCCAAUCAUCAGGAGGUUCUACCAAUAGAACAUAUCGAACAGGGUCGUCGCAUGGCUCUGAGAUCCGCAAGACCAUCAUGCCAGAAAGUGUGUCCCAUCUGAUCCCUGAUCGAGUGGGUAGCAUGUAUCUUGACAAGCAAAACAACAUCUGGAUCAAGAAGAAGGAGGCGCCUGCUCGCCAGCCUAUGAACAUUCUUCCUUCAGACAGCGAUGACGAUCCUUUCGCGAGCAUUCCAGACCUGUCUGUGGACUUGACAAGAGAGAUGCAAAAUCUUGCUAUCACUUCCCCCAAGAAAGGCAACGCUCCUGGUAGUCCAAAUCAGUCAAAAUCACCUCCUAGUCCGUCCAGGAGACAACGAUCCGCUAGAGGUUUCAUGACAUUGUCUCCUAAUGGGCAAUUAGGCCCAGAUAUGGCUACACUGGCUCGAGAAGAAUUCGAGAAGCUAGAUGCCCGCGUUAUGGAAGAUUCUGAGCUAUACUUUGAAGACUCUCUUCAAGACGAGAGCAGCUUCCAAGACGACAGGGCCAGUAGUACACCCUCCACAACCACCAAGAGGCGUAAUCUUACCAUCACAUUUUCCUCCCCUGUGGCAUCCUUUAUUCAGGAUGUCCAAGCUGAGGACUUGGAUAACCUUGAAGACGAUCCAGAGCUUCCCAGCAACCAUCUUCAGAACAGCUCACCGCCUAAGAAGUCACCAGGCUUCGUCGGUGUUGGAAAGUCUGCAUUGAAGAACGGUGGACAUAGCUCUGUCCGUGGUAACAAUCCUGCUCCCUCGCGAAGUGGCCACGCCUUUGUCCCUAGACCCGUUUCACGAAUCGAUGAGCAAGACGAGGAAAGCACCAUCGAGAUUCCUAUCGACGACCAAAGGCAGAUCAGUCUCCUAGGAGAUACAAGCAUUGUUAGUCACAAGACGCCCAGUGGUCGCCGAGCCAGUCUCAGCUUCCUAGUCAACCAUACACCAGGCAACAACUUCCUCUCGGGACCUGCAGAUGAUAGUCUGAUGAUUGGUCAAAAUGUUGGAAAGCUUUCUCUCAGCCCCUUGUCCGAAUUCACUAUUAACAACACCGACCAUUCGUUUGGAUUUGAGGUUAGCUAUGUCAUGGGUCGUCGACACGCGGCCACAGGCGAUGGCUCUAAGAAGGUCAUGUCCAUGACGAUACGGGAACUCGUGGACAAGCUUAGCGAGGUUGAGCCGUAUGAGCCUUACUGGGAGGACAUAACAGAACUGGAUCUACACGAGAAACGUCUGGGAAGUCUGCACAUGCUGGACCAAUUUUGUGGCAAGUUGGUGACCCUUGAUGCCUCCAAGAACACACUGGGACAUCUGGACGGAGUGCCACCUAGUGUUCGGCAGCUCAAGGUGUCGCAGAACUUGCUGACCGAGCUGACGUCCUGGGAUCAUUUGAUGAACCUCCAGUAUGUGGAUAUAUCUGGUAACGAGGUCAAGAGCCUAUCCGCACUCAGGGGCCUGGUGCAUCUGCGAAGCAUCAGGGCCGACAACAAUCAGCUAAAGAGUCUUGAUGGCCUCGACACCCACGAUGGACUUUUGUCUCUUCGAGCGCGAGAUAACCUGAUUGAUGAAGUUGACUUUGCGCGAGUUAAGAUGGAGCGCCUUACUGAACUCGAUUUGGAGGGUAACCAAAUAUCAUCGAUCCGAAAUAUGGCACAUGCGCCUGCACUGACACGAUUGAGGCUUUCCAAGAACAAACUCACAAGCUUCAAGGUGCCCUCGUGUAUAAAGGGGCUUCGUCAGUUAGAGUUGAAUGAUAACCAGCUCACAUGUGUGGACGUCAGCAAUAUGCCUAACUUGCAAUCCCUACAUGCCGAUCGCAAUCGCAUCGUUGACUUGACGGGUUUCAGCCGAGCUCGAAAGCUAGAUAGUCUGAGUCUCAGGGAGCAGCGGGCAGAUCAGGCUCUUGAUCUCAGUUUCCUAUCAUCAGCUUAUGAGGUCCGCAAGCUCUUCCUCUCUGGGAACUACUUGGGCACUUUUGAGCCUGCAGUAGACUUCCUCAACUUGCAGCUUCUUGAACUUGCCAACUGUGGUAUUCAAGCGUUGCCAGAUAAUCUGGGCCAGCUGAUGCCCAACCUUCGAACCUUGAAUCUCAACUUCAACGCGAUCCGGGACCUAGAGCCCCUCCGAUUCAUCCCGCGACUCAAGAAGCUCCUGGCAGCAGGCAACCGACUCGCCGAUUCGACCCAGGUAACAGAGCUGCUUAUUGAGUUCCCACACCUGACUCAACUUGACCUGAGAGACAAUCCCGUUACUCUUGGUUUCUAUCCGCCAAUGCAGGUGAUGGUUCCUACAGACCGCAAUGGAUAUGUGGAUCCUUUCAUGCUUCCUGAUGCAGAUGUCGAACGAGACGAGCUGUUCUCCAGCCGAUUAGAUCAAGGGACUAAGCUACGACGGCGACUACAUCAGAUUGUAUUUGUGGCAAGUUGCAGGAGGCUACGAAAGCUGGACGGGCUCGGCCUUAAACGAGAGACGGUUCUGGUUAAAGACGCUGUGUUUCAGACAUUGGUUGCUGAGGGCCUGUUGCCAGAUGAGACGCUCGUGGGCGAAGAGUCGUCGCCUUGCAAAGAUGUAACGGCGGAGGGUGAGACAAUGGGGACGAUGAGAAGCAGCCGCUGGAAUGCGGAGGACAGCUUUGCUUGA